GGCUAUAAUACCUAUAUUUUAACCGGGUUUGAGAAGAAGUUUCUUUAUAAAUAAGCAGAUGGUAUUAUGCCAUUUCCAAUUGUAAUUUAACAUUGUGUAACAAAAUAAAUAAAUUAAGUUCUCCCGAGAAGCGGGUGAAACUGCGGGAAACUAGCUACUAGGUAUAUUAAUAUCCGUAUAUUAAAUUUCAUUAAUGGCACAACAUAAUUUAAAUUAUGAUAAUUUAAACAUGACUUUGAAUAUAAUUUUGAUAUUAUUACUGAGUAUAAAUCAGUCAAGUCGCAAUUCUUCUUCAAUAACAAUAAUAGUGAACAACAAAGCUAUGAAAUACACAUUGCACACGUUGCCGGUAAUACUGAAUGACACUACAUUAACUAUUGUGGUUGCGAGCACAUAACGAUCGUAUAACCCAUUUGGACUGAAAAUUACAAUUUAUCUCGCCCACAUAACAUAACGUAAGUGCUCAUAGUUGUAAACUCCCUGUCGUCACAUCCUGGGUCCUAUUACAUCUCUUAAUGGACAUAAAAGACAAUUCUAAUUUGAAAACAAUUGGAAAUAUAAUUGUCUUUUAAUCAAUCAUUAUUAUGGAUUUAUGACUAAUACUUGUUAUAACUGGUAUGGAACUACAAAACAGAGAAAGUUAACUACUGACUGUUAGGUUCGCUCUGUAACGUGACGAUAAUUUACUUAGCUGUACUGUUCACAUUGACGAUACUCAUAAGUGGUUUACGACCUCGCCACAUAAAUAACUGCACGUAUUUUUAUUAUCUAAUGCAGAAAUGCAGUACGCAAUUUAAAAUAAGCAUGACACUUUUCACAGCACAACGCGUCCUUGGUCGAGACCUACCUGUUUUCUCGCUUAGCAAUAAAUGUCAUUAAUUAUCCUCUGUAUCGUAUAUUUGUUUAGAAUAUUUUAAUUAAAAUUACAUCUGUGCUGCUUGUUAUUCUGUACAAUGAAAUGAAAAAAUAAUAAAAUCAUGAAAAUUCUGAUACAAUGACAAAAAUUAAUGAUUUGAUUGGAAAUUUUGGGAGAUAUCAUUACUGGUUAUGUAUUAUGGUAUUUAUAAGCAGAUUCGGAGUGGCGUUUCAUCAGAUGGCAAUUAUUUUCCUGGCUCCACCAGCACAAUAUUAUUGCCCAAAUAAAAAUUCCACAUGUUGUGACAAUCCUGUAUACGAUACUUCGGUGUUCACAAAGACUAUAGUAACUGAAUGGAAUCUUAUAUGCGAAAAAUCCUGGCUCAAGGACUUCACUCAAACAGUCUUUCAAUUUGGCGUACUAAUUGGUAGUUUACUUUUUGGAAUUGCAUCAGAUAGAUAUGGCAGAAAACCGACAUUGAUAAUAUCCGUGGUUAUAGAGAUAUUCUCAGGAAUGAUAUCAUCAUUUUUGCCUGAUUUUUGGAGUUUUACUUUUGCCAGAAUGUUGGUCGGUUUUUCAAACGGUGGUAUCAUGAUCAUUACUUUUGUGAUAAUAAUGGAAUAUGUAGGAACCCCAAAUAGGGACGUGGUAUCCGCUUUGUUUCACAUACCAUUUACAACCGGCCACAUCAUGCUGGCAGGAAUUGGGUAUCUGUUAAGAGAUUACACGUAUUUUCAACUAUGUAUAUCAGGGAUCAACGUUAUUCUAUUGGCGUAUAUUUGUUUAUUACCAGAAAGCCCAAGAUGGUUACUAGCUAUGAAUAAAACUGUUCAGGCAAUAGAUUUAAUGGAACGAGUUGCAAAAAUCAAUAAAUUGCCUACAGAACAUAUACGGCAUGAAGUAGAAAUGUAUCAACUAAAACGCAUCAAGGAUUACUCAAAACCGAAGGCCACAGUAUUAGAUCUGUUUCGGUCUCCGAAGCUAAGAACUAACAUCAUGGUGUUGUCAUUCGCUUGGCUCGUGUGCAGCUACUGUUUCUACGGCGGCACUUAUUACAUCAGCCAUUUAACUGGUGACGUUUUUAUCAACGUUGUGGCGACCGGCACUGUGUGUCUAUGCGCGUGUAUUAUUUGUAUUCCUUUGAUCAAGUUCUCCAAGCGCAAAACAGUGGUUGUUACUGCGAACGCUCUAUGCGGGUUUUGCAUGCUUACAAUCGGCAUCGUACCUGAAGGCAAUGUUUCUGUUAUAUUUGGAUGUUUGGGUGAACUACUAUGUUAUACUAUCUUCGUUGUUGUUUAUUUGUAUUGUACUGAAAUGUUUCCAACCGUAGUGCGUAACGCGGCUAUAGGAAUUUGCUCGAUGAUGGCCCGAGUGGGAGCCAUGAUUGCACCGUUUCCGGCUGGAUUAAGACCCUAUGGCAUAUGGUGUGCACCUAUUGCAUUCGGCAUCUUUCCUGUGAUAGCUGCAUUUCUAUGUUUGUUAUUGCCAGAAACAAAAGAUUGCGAGUUACUAAUGACAAUCGAAGAAGCUGAAGCAUUGGGCAAGAACUAUCAAAAUAUAAGUUCAAGAACUGAUGUCAAUAUUGCGGAAAGUGAAGUAUGA